AUGUCCAUUUUGAUAUUCUCCAUCAUCUUUCUCUCUACUUCUUUAUCCGUCAACGGCCAGAAAAAGCCAAGUGUGUACGAGGUUCUCCAAAACUAUACCUUACCACGAGGAAUACUACCAGAAGGGGUCCGAGCCUACGAGCUAAACCGAAAAACCGGCGUAUUCAAAGUCCAUUUCAAUAGCACGUGUCAGUUCCCUAUAGAGUCGUACAAGGUCAAAUACAGACCCACAAUCUCCGGCAUCAUAACAAGAGGACGGAUCAUGAGGUUGAUGGGGGUAAGCGUCAAAGUGCUUUUCUUCUGGCUCAACAUCUCCGAGGUUUCUCGUGACGGAGACGAUGUCGAGUUCUCCGUUGGUAUUGCUUCCGAGGAGUUCUCGGCGAAGUAUUUCGUGGACAGCCCACAGUGUGGUUGUGGGUAUAAUUGUUAUAAUGGGCUCUUUUCUUCCUCUUGA